AGGUGUAUUUAUGACUGAUACCUUCGCAUCUUCUAUACCAGUGGAUGACAAUGAGGGACACUUCAUAGAGGCGCUUAUGUCGCAGGUUGACAAUGAAGAUAUCAAUGCAAUCAUAAGGUUACAGAAGAAAUCGUUGACACAAUUCGAGAAAACCAAUGAAAUGCUGACAAAUUGCUGUGCCCUAUCAGCUAACAGACUUGAAAAAGCACGGAAAGAUUUAGCUGAAAACAGACAAUUAAUACUGGAAAUGAAAUCCGAUUUGGAAUCAAUUUUUCGGCAAAUACGCAUUUUUAAGCAAAAUUAUAUUACUAAAUAUGCCGCUGUUUAUAAACACUUCGAGCAGCAGUAUCAUGAUGAAGAAAGAGAUGAGUAGGAAAAGUAUAUAGGUUCUAUUCGAAUUUAUUCGAAGGAUAUACAAAUUUUGAUGAUAUUUUUAAUCUCUUUUGUACUUGCAAGACCUCCAAAUACAUGAUAGAAAUAGAGGCAAAACAGUUAUUCCACUUCAUUCCCGUAAUAACCUACUUUUCACUCUAUUCCUCCGAAAAUAACUAUUAUGUAUAGAUGAAUUUCCUGCUGUACUCCAACUUGUUUCAUGUUUCUUCUCGUUAGUUUUUAGUACAUAAG